AUGUCUACAGGAAUCAAAGUAAAGGACGAUCCGACUAUGGGUAACAAAAUGGAAGGCGAUAUCGCCAUAGACAAUCUCAAGAAAUUCGUCGAGGAUAACAACAGACUUGGCCGCAACGCCAUACGACAGGAAUACAGGAGAUGGCCAAAUCGAGAAAUCCCAUACACGCUGUCGUCUCAGUAUGGUUCAUAUGCCAGAUCGGUUAUUGCCAAGGCUAUGCAGGAAUAUCACGACAAGACAUGCGUUCGAUUUGUUCCUCGAGAUGCUAGUCGCCACGUAGACUAUAUUUUUAUUCACCCUGACGAUGGAUGCUACAGCCUGGUUGGAAAAACUGGAGGGCGUCAACCAGUUUCGCUAGAUUCCGGCUGCAUUCAAGUUGGCACGAUCGUACAUGAGCUCAUGCAUGCCGUCGGAUUCUUCCAUGAACAGAGCAGGCAAGAUCGAGACGAAUACAUCGAGAUAGUGUGGCGAAAUGUACAGAACGGAGCUGAUGAUCAAUUUGAGAAAUACAAUAUGAACGUCAUCAAUCACCUUCAAGAACCCUAUGACUAUUCUUCUAUCAUGCAUUACGGGCCGUAUGCGUUCAGCGGAUCUGGGAGGAAAACAAUUUUGCCACGAAAGAGCGGAGCAGAACGGAUGGGACAGCGUGUGGCCUUUUCUGAGGGCGACAUAAGAAAAAUCAACAAACUGUAUCAGUGUGCAUCAGAUAUCAAUGGGAACUCCAUCACUGAAAAUGACCAGAGGUUGCUCACCCCUUCGGCUAGCACCUCAGCCGUUUUUUACGGUAGGCGAGUUUCUCGACCUGGUAGAGUACUCUAUCUUGAGUACAUCUGGAAGAUCCGUUGA